ACGCCGGUCGCGAAGGUUGCCAGUGUUGCCAGUCGAACAGGCGAGAACGUCGAGCGUCGAGCGCACCGCCCCCACAGCACACACACACACACGCACAAUAAGAGUAUCGCAGUCGCGUUCGAGUGCGGAAAGUUGCCUCUGGCCUCUGGCUUUUCCUCGCAUUUGCUUUUGCCGCCAAUUGAUGGCCAGUGGCGGGUAACGAAACACGAAAAGUCGCGAGUCGAGUGUGCCGCCGCGUGCGUCGAGUGUUAUUAGGAGAAGAAGAAAGAGAAAAACAACACGCGGGUGUUGCGGUUCGAGUGCAUUACUCAUAUUCUUUUUUUUUUCGGUUACUUGCAAGUGAGCGUGAAUAUUACACCCCCCCGCCCCCCAUAUAACCACCUUUACUUCUCACCCCCCCUCGCCAAAAGGCGAUUAUAUUUGGAAAUAGCGGAGAACGCAGAGCGGAGAGAUCAACAAAAGCGAGAGGCUAUCCUUGAUAUCUACGCAUACAUUUUUCCUUAAUGAUUGGAAUUAAUUAAAGAACUAUCAAUUGUUGAAAUGCUGAGCUGCUUAAACACUCAGGUUGUCAUCGUCAGCCAAUCGUCAUGCUACUUCAAGCCAAGCACAAACAUUAAGAACUAUAAAAACAACCAAAACACGUGAAGCAUCGAAGAGAAAACAGGACGAAGGGAAGUUUUGGCACCAUAGGAACUUGCUUUUCAAAGGGACCUGAUUACCAGGUUCUUGUUAAAUGGGUGGAAACGACAGGAGAAGCACGGUCAUUUGCGAGCUUAGAACCCACCACUGUCCGCCGGGACAUUAAUUAAUCACGGCCUUGUCAUUCGCAAGGAUCAAGGAGUGGCGAACAAGGAGGAGCAGGAGCACGAAGGGUGCAGAAAUCAAAUUAACAGUGCGUCAAAAGGAUUAACCCCGGAAAGCAGGGGGCAGGAGUUUACAGCACGUACACAGGACGCGGUGAGGCGAGUAAACAGGCCAGCCCCAGUCACCGGGAUCCAGACCCAGACCACCAGGGUCAAGGGGUUUCUCCGCAGCAGUUUGGAGAUUGGAGUUUGGAGCUCCUUAGUUCGUAGUUGGUGGUUAACCAACUUGGAGCGUGUUGGCACGGAUUAACAACAAAUCCCAAUACACGACCAUGAUGAUAACCAGAACGGAGGCGAAUGGACGGCUGGGCAUCGUGCUCCUAGGGGCAGCGAUGCUUCUCCUUCUACUGCCCCUGGUAGCGGCCACGUCCGACUGGAUGCAGAGCUGCGGCCCCUGCCACUGUCACUGGAAUUCGGGCAAGAAGAGCGCCGACUGCAAGAACAAGGCGCUCACGAAGAUACCGCUGGACAUGAGCAACGAGAUGCAGGUGCUGGACUUUGCCCACAACCAAAUACCCGAGCUGAGGCGCGAGGAGUUCCUCCUUGCCGGCCUGCCGAAUGUGCACAAGGUGUAUCUGCGCAACUGCACCAUCCAGGAGGUGCAUCGCGAGGCCUUCAAGGGCCUGCACAUCCUCAUCGAGCUGGACAUGUCGGGCAACCGGAUACGGGAACUGCAUCCGGGCACCUUUGCCGGCCUGGAGAAGCUGCGCAACGUGAUCAUCAACAACAACGAGAUCGAAGUGCUGCCCAAUCAUCUGUUUGUCAACCUGAGCUACCUGUCGCGCAUCGAGUUCCGAAACAAUCGACUGCGGCAGGUGCAACUCCAUGUCUUUGCCGGCACGGUGGCGCUGAGCGCCAUCUCGCUGGAGCAGAAUCGACUGGCCCAUCUGCACAAGGAGACGUUCAAGGAUCUGCAGAAGCUGAUGCAUCUGUCGCUGCAGGGCAAUGCCUGGAAUUGCAGCUGCGAGCUGCAGGACUUCCGGGACUUUGCCAUCCAGAAGCGUCUGUAUACGCCGCCCACCGAUUGCCAGGAGCCGCCCCAGUUGCGCGGCAAGCUGUGGAGCGAGGUGCCAUCGGAGAACUUCGCCUGCCGGCCCCGCAUCCUCGGAUCCGUACGUUCCUUUGUAGAGGCGAAUCAUGAUAACAUCUCGCUGCCCUGCCGCAUUGUCGGCAGUCCGCGUCCGAAUGUCACCUGGGUGUACAACAAACGGCCACUGCAGCAGUACGAUCCGCGGGUGCGCGUCCUCACCUCCGUCGAGCAGCUGCCGGAACAACCCGCCCAGGUGCUGACCUCGGAGCUGCGUAUCGUGGGCGUGAGAGCCUCGGACAAGGGAGCCUACACCUGUGUGGCGGACAAUCGCGGCGGACGGGCGGAGGCCGAGUUCCAGCUGCUUGUGAGCGGUGACUAUGCCGGCGCCGUGUCCGCCUCCGAUGGCCACGGCAUGGGCGGAAUGGGGGCCAUUGGAGCGCCCACCAUUGAUCCGCAGACGAAUGUCUUCCUCAUCAUCUGCCUGAUCACCACCACGCUGCUGCUCCUGCUGAUCGUGGUGGUGCUGGCGCUCUUCUGGUACUGCCGCAGGAUCAAGACCUACCAGAAGGACACCACCAUGAUGAGCGGGGACGGGCUGAUCUCCUCCAAAAUGGACAAGACGCACAACAGCUCCAUGCUCGAGGGCUCUGUCAUCAUGGAGAUGCAGAAAAGCCUGCUCAACGAGGUGAAUCCCGUCGAGAAGCCGCCUCGGCGCACGGACAUCGAGAGUGUUGAUGGUGGCGACGAUGUCCUCGAGAUCAAGAAGACACUGCUCGACGAGACGGUCUAUGUGGCCAACCACUCGCGUGACGAAGAAGCCCACUCGGUGGCUCUGUCGGACACGACGAUCCCGCCCCGAUCCCGCCACACCUACGUGGACGACGCCUACGCCAACAGCUUGCCGCCGGACCUGCUGGCCUUCCCCGCCCGCGUGCCGCCCACCUCGCCCUCGAUGCAGUCCUCGCAGUCGAACAUCCCCGACCAGGUCAUCUACGGCAUCCGAUCGCCUCCCUCGCUGACCAGUCCGGUCUACACGCACAUGACGCCGCACGGCAUUUACGGCACCAAGACGCUGGCCGCUCCGCACAACGGCUUCAUGACGCUGCAGCAUCCCAAGUCCCGCCACCUGGCCAUAAUGGCCACCGCCAAUAGCAGUCGCCAGCACCAGCAUCAGCACCUCCUGCAGCAGCAGCAGCAACAACAGCAGCAGCAUCAGCAGCAGCAGCCGCAUCCUUUGGCCACCACCUCGCCGUUCCUGCCCGCCCCCGUCGUUUAUUCGCCGGCUACGGGUGUGGUCAUGAAACAGGGCUACAUGACCAUUCCCCGCAAGCCGCGCGCCCCCAGCUGGGCGCCCAGCACGUCCGGUGCCGCUGGCCACGGAACCAUCCAGCUGAGCGAGUUCCAGAGCCCCACCUCGCCAAAUCCCAGCGAGACGGGUACCGCCACCACCGCCGAACUGCAGGCGGAACCGGUCUAUGACAAUUUGGGACUGCGCACCACCGCCGGCGGCAACUCCACCCUGAAUCUGACCAAGAUUGCCGGCUCUGGCUCUGCCACCGGCUCCGGAUCCGGCUCCCAGGGCGGUCAGCAGUACUCAAUGCGCGAUCGUCCGCUACCGGCUACGCCCAGCCUGACGUCCGUGUCGUCGGCGACCAAUGCCAGCAAGAUAUACGAGCCCAUUCACGAGCUGAUCCAGCAGCAGCAGCAUUUGCAACAGCAGCAGCAGCAGCAACGGCUGAGCUCCUUGGACACGGAGCCGCUGUACGGGGUCAGGCACCAGGGGAUUACGAUAAUGCCCGGAUCGAGUAUCAGCGGAGCCGGACUGGGCCAUGCCGCGUAUAUAUCGCCCGUUCCGACGGCGGCGGCAGCAGCUGCCAUAUCGCCAAGCCAUGCCGGCAGCAGCAGCGGCGACUCACCGAAGGCAGCCAAGAUCCCACCGCGACCACCACCGAAGCCCAAGAAGAAGGUUAUGUCCGUGACGGCGACGCGCAGUGGCCAGGGCAGCACCAGCCAGCUGUUCGACGACGAGGGCGAGGAUGGCACCGAAGUCUAGUUUGGCACACACGGCGAUCCCCAUCGGCAGCUAAUCGAGAUCGAGAUCGAGAUCGAGAUGAUAUGAUGAGAAGGCAUUGGUGGAGCAGGUGGCAAGCAGCAACUCCAAUGAGGAGCAGAGGAGGAAUCCGUGGCAAGCCGAAGCUGCCAACUAUAUUGCGUGAGGAGAUGCAGAUGGAGGUGGAGAUGGAGAUGGAGAUGGAGAUGCAGAUGCAGAUGAAGAUGCGAUACGCAGCCCCAGUCGACAACAAAAUGUAACAUCAACAUCAACAUCCGCUGUUGCGGCUUGUAAAAAUAGCCGCCAGAAGGAUUCUGUUCCGUGGUUCACGCUACUGCGUGACUUGUGUGCCAAACGACUGAUGUAGGUUUUAGUAAUUAAAUCGAUGAACAUGCAACACAACAAAAGAAACAAAAACGAGGAUAUAUAUAUAUAUAUAUAUAUUGUUAUCCACAACGAGGAUGCAAUUCGACAGAGAGACUCCAAUCCGUUAGGGCGUAUGAAAAUCGCUUUUAGAACCAUCUAAUCCCAAAAUUCGUAUAAGCGGAUAUACGUAAAAACCCAAUUUUAAUACCACCUUUUUUUUGUGUAGACUAUAGUUAGUUUGGUACAAAAUGCAUUAUUCGUAUAUAAAGAGACCUAUAUAUACACACACAAUUUUAAAAUUGUAUAAACCCUACGAACAGAAAAAAUAUCGUAUAAUGAAGAAAAAAAUAUUUAUACACAGAAAAGAAACUUUCAAAUCAACGACAGAUUAUUUAAGCGCAAAAAAUUAAAAGUAAAAUGAAACAAACACUUCAUUUUUUCAAAAUCUUGCAAAUUUUAUAAAAUUGUAAAUGUAAAAUGCAUACAGUUAAUCGCAUUAAGCUAUAUCUUAAUGAAUACCAUACCACUCAGCGUAAGAAUACAAAUUAUAUCCUUAAUAUUUUUUUUUUGGUUUACGGAAGCCACCACGAAUCGGGAAAUAAACUACACGAAAGUAUAUUUAUAGCGGGUAAGUUUGUUAAGGGCAUUUAGCGGUAGGAUAAAGAGUUUGCAUUCGCAAUUAAAACAAUGAAUUGAAACUUCUAUGUAUACAUAUAGUCUAGAGAGAAGGCGCGGCGAAAUAAGUUCGGCUAUAAUAACGAUUGUACUAGCUAUAACAAAUAUAUAAAAUUAAAAAUAUAUGACAUUCUAGGCACUAAAUAUACAACCAAUUACAACAAAGAAAAGAAAAGUUAUAAGCAAACCCGAUAGCUGGUAUCCCCAUUGCCAUGCCAUAUGUAUGUAUGUCUGAAAAUACACCUUGAAAUUGAAGUUACCUUCACACGACUCAUUUAAUAUCCAAAAACUAUUCACGAAGGAAACGAAAAUACACACAAGGCAUCUAACAGCAAUCAUUCUAGAAACAUGAUAACGAGUAUAGACCAUUAAAGACAACAAAGUAUGGUAAGUGAGAUGAGAAAUAAUGGAUAAUUCAGAAGGCUAGCAGCAACCCCUAGUAGUUAAGGGUACAGUUCAGAUCAGAUUCACAUACAAUACUUACCAUACCUACCAUACUGUACGAUAUUUCCCAAUCAAACUAUUUUUUUUAUUAUUUAUAUUAAUUGUACUUUUAAUUUCGAGCACCACCCGGGCAAUCUACAUCUGGAUGCAUUUUUAUUUAAUAAAGAUGUACUUUCAGGCACUGCCGAACUACUUUCAUAAUUUCAUAAGUGUGAGGAAAAAACAGAAAAAUGAAAAAAAUCUUAAAUAAUAUAUGAUUUGUUGUUUAAGGCAGGCCUAGAAAUGAUCUGAGAGUUUAAAGCCAGUGCUUUGAAUAGCGAUAGACGUGUAAAGUACAGCCCCAUACUUGCCCCUAGAAAAUCGAGGUUAUUUGACAUAGGGUGCACCGAUUUUAGAUGAAUCAAGCGAAUAUAUGUACCCAAUCCAUACUUGGUUUUAAAUAAGCAAAAGUAUUAUAUAAAUCAUAAGUUACCUUACGUUUUUUAUCGUGCUCGUUUUUUUUAUGUAUUCAGAGUUAUUUACAGAGUAAUUAUUUGUAGAAUUUUAUUUAAAAUUUGGACAAGCGCAACAUAGAUGUAAUAAAUAUCUCGAAAAAAAACACACAAAAAUGAAAAAAAAGAUGACGUUGCGAACAAUUUGUUCAAAUUAGCUCAAAAUCAAAACAAUUAUAAUUAAAAAUUGUAAUCUAACUGUAAUUGAUAGAAGGGUUCUUAUAUAUACGUUUUUUAUAAUUUUACAUAAUUUGCCUAACAUAUAAAAUAUUGAAAUAAACUAUG